AUGUCUCUCCUUACUAGUGCAGCGCAGGUGUCGCAGCUGUCUCAAUACCUCCUCCUCCUCUCCCUCAUUUUCCCACUCGCUGCUCUCCCCCUUCCCGACGCCACUGUAACGUCUACCUUUCGCGGGAACCCAAGCCCCUUGUCGUCCUUCCCCCGUUACAAGCAUGCUCCCCCCGGCGCUCCUCCCGCCCACUCGCUCCUCCAGCAGCUCCGCGCCGCGCCUCGUGGCGUUCAACGGCCCCGAAAUGCGGACCACGUGUCAGCACCCGCGCGCGUGCAGACGGCAUCGUCCGUAGCAUCAGCGGCGGAGAAACAGAAUCCGUCAAAAACACCAUCAGCGGAAGCUUCCGCGUCUGCCUCUGCGUCCGCGCGCUCCGCGGAGCCCCCGACCCCGUUUCCGCCUGCGCCGCGGCUGUGGCCGGAGCGGUUCCACGCGGUGCUGUUCCAGAACCGCAGCGGGCGGCUGGCGCUGACGGAGCUGUGGUACGACUGGCCGGGCGGGCGCAACAUGAACGCCAUCCGCCCGCAGCUGUCGGCGGGCACGCUCAUGGACGUGGAGUGGAGCAACGGCACAAGGUGCGGCGGGGGCGUGGUCAAGGGAGGUGGGGAGGGGGUAAUGGGGAAGAGUGUGUGCGAAGAAGGGCUGGAAAUUGG